AUGGCAGGUAAUGGUAAGAGGUCUAAACACGUAUGGUCGAAGGUGGAGGACGCUAAGUUGAUGGAAGCCCUAUUGUAUUUGGUGGAGACCGGUUGGAGGUCUGACAAUGGGACGUUUCAACCAGGAUACCUACAACACUUGGAGCGAAUUCUGCAUGAGAAAGUGCUCGAGUGCGCACUGAAUCAGAACACCAUUGAGUGCAAGGUGAGGAGUCUGAAGAAACAAUACAACGCAGUAUCAGAGAUGUUAAGUCAAUCAGGGUUCAACUGGAACGAGGAGUUCAAAUGUGUCCAGAGUCAUCCCAAUGCGAAGGGGAUGUGGAACAAGUCAUUCCCACAUUACGAUGACCUCUCCACUGUAUUUGGGAAAGACAGAGCAGUAGGGCAAUCAAGUGAGAACCCAUACAUGAUGGCUACAAAUGCAUUCAGAGAGUUUGAAGAUGAUAUUCGACUUGGAUCACAGGACUAUCACACACCUGAGGUUCGCCAGACAAAAUCACCAUUAAAUCAAGAUGGAAUAGAUGAAGAGCUAGCAGAGUAA